GUUUGCUGUUGGUGUAGACAAGUCACGUAUAAAUAUAGUUCGUUGAAGCUCGUUUCUUUCGUUAUUGACUGCAGGGAGAGUAACGUUAUUUAGUCUGUUUGUGCAUUUGCUUUAUCGUUAGGCGUUUGUUUCAUGUUGUGAACUAGGCUACCCUUUUCAUUUAAAAUCCACCGUUUCACCUAAGAAUGAGUGAUAACGAUGAUAUCGAAGUCGAUAGCGACGAAGACUCAUCGAGAUAUCACAAUGUGGCUGACAAACGAGCACACCACAAUGCACUGGAGCGCAAACGUAGGGAUCACAUCAAAGACAGCUUUCACAGCCUGCGAGAUUCCGUGCCCGCCUUGCAAGGGGAAAAGGUUGGUAGAGAGGUGGCGUCACUCCUACGCGACGCUCGUCCCUCAACAGGGACCAGUGCAGGCGGAAUCGUCGCGCUGUCUGACCAAUCUAUCAAACAGGCGUCCCGAGCUCAGAUCCUAGACAAAGCCACGGACUAUAUCCAGUACAUGAGGAGGAAAAACCACACCCACCAGCAGGACAUCGACGACCUGAAGAGGCAGAACGCACUGCUGGAGCAGCAAGUGCGUGCCCUGGAGAAGGUGAAGGGUUCGACGCAGCUCCAGGCCAGCUACAGUUCUUCAGACAGCAGCCUGUACACCAACCCUAAAGGCAGCGCUGUGUCCGCUUUCGACGGAGGCUCUGACUCCAGCUCCGAGUCCGAGCCAGAGGAACCCCCAGCCCCCAGGAAGAAGCUCCGCGUGGAGGCCAGCUAGGACUCUGGACUAGCCCACAGUGCCACGCCUGGUGUGGAGGGGUACUGCAGGCACGGGUACUGGUCCAGUAGUCAGUACUUAUCCUGUAAUUCCCACUACAUUCUUUCUCUGGAUGUGCUCUCACUGCAUAGUGAAGACUCCAAUCCUUCCCUCAUGAUAUGUCUAUCCUGAAGUCUCUUCAUCACGCCAUCCGCUGGAGAGGGAGAGAGGGAGAGAGGGAGAGAGGGAGAGAGGGAGAGAGGGAGAGAGGGGAGAGAGGGAGAGAGGGGAGGGGAGGAGAGAGGGAGAGGGGAGAGAGGGGAGAGAAGAACAUUGAUUUUAAAACAUAACGUGCAGGGAAAAUGUUUUUUUUUUUUUUUCUUUUCUCCCCCUCUCUCCCCUUUCCUCUCCUCUCUCAGCAAUGUCAACUAUCCAAAACUCUCUCCUCCCAGUGGAAGGCUACGGAGAGAAGAGGCGUACUCCUCCAAGCACUGCUGAAAUAUAUAUUUUUUUUUUUUGUUUUUUUUUGUGUCUUUGUCUGUUUUAGAAUUUACACACGUCAAGAAGAGUCGUCCUGUCUGUCGGAGAAGCCUUUUUUUAAACCAUUUUUUAAAACCAACUUUUUUUCCACAAAGAAUUUGAAGCUAAAUAUUGAUGUGAAAGAAAAA